UUGAUCAGAAGCCAGCCUGAGAGGAAGGCCGAUUGCCUUGGCGUGGGUUUCUCCCCCAGGCUUAUUUGGACUCUUCAUCAAGGCUCCGCAGAUCCUGGUGGUAACGACAGCAGCCGCAGUGGCGGCCAGGCCACUUGGGUUGGUGCUCAGAGAGACCUCGUUUUGAGCCUGGGUCUCCUCGGGAGACAGGCGACUUGGCCUCUCUGGCUUCAGAAGAAGAAAACAUACAUGCGGAGCCAGGGACCCACACGGCAUGAGUGAAGAGUCACCCGCCCGUUCUGGCCACAUGGGUCACACGGGUCUGGGUUUAUUGUUAGGAGAUUCUCUCUCUAGGACCAGAGGGGACUGUCACAGGUGCCCAGCAGGAGGGAUUUCCCGAGUGGGAACAAACCCAGAGAAUGGGAUAGCUCACAGUAGGCUAACAAGAAGGAAAGGCGAGUUAGAAGGAAAGAAAGGGUGAUCUAACGACCUGGGCUCCUGAGCACAGGUGCCCUGCGACCUGUCAGUGGGCCUGAGGCCGGUUCAAGCAUUCCAGGGGUUUCUGGAAGUUUCUGCAGCUAUCAGCUCAUGGCUGCCCUUAGUAAAAUCCAGCCCCACCCCGGUGCAGGUUGUGAGACUCACGCCUGCUCCCUGAAACCUGGCACCCAAACUGUGCGGGGUACGGGGGGGGCGCUCACUGAACCUUCAGAAAGCCUGACGGGUGGUGGGCAGUGGGUCCCAGUGGCUGCGAAUCGCCACAAGGGUCACGAGAAGCAGGAGCGCUGUGCUUGGCUGGGGGCUGAGGGAGGCUGCCCAGAGAAAGUGGCUUGUUGGGUGAGACCUGGAGGGUUACCAGACCCUUGCAGGUGAGAGGAGCAAGUUUCCUAAUUAGGAGCACUUAGGACUCUGCAGGUGUGCGUGAAAAGGUCCGAUAUUUCAUAAACAGGAGCUUCUAGUCUUCUGAUUCCUCCUGGAGGAUCCAGCACCCGCCGUGGUGCUUCUGGACUCCCGAAUGUGGGAGCCUCAGCAACUUCCCAGCUCACCCACGGGGCUGUGGAAACUCCGCCUGAGUGUGGGGUGGCUUUUGAGACAGGAUUUCCCUGAGCGCCGCAGCCCCAACCUUACCCUCCUCUGACUUGCCUCUGGGGUGGUUUAGGUGGUCUUUUCUUCAAAGAUAUGAGGGGCUGGCCGGAACAGAGGAGGGAACAGCAGCAGGCUUGGGGCCCAGUUGAGGGUAAGCCAAGCAGCGUGGGCCUCCAGGGUGACCCCAUAGGCGCGUGCGGAGAGCCAGCCUGCGUGCAGUCAGGGCCCAGGGGGCAGAGGACACACGGCUUCCCACCUGCCGGGUUCAGUGGGGGUGGGAGGACCUGCCGUCUCUCCUGGAGGACCGCUCCUCACUGCCUGCUCUUCAGCCUGUGCCUCAAGUGCUCUCUCCACCCCCCCUCUGCUUCUCUCCUUGCAGCACCUCCUGUCAAAGGGAAAAAGAAACAGUCAGAGGAGGGUGAAUCCCUUGACCCAUCUGUGUCCCCUCAACCCCAUGGUGAGCAGAGCAGGAGCCAGAGCCCCGUCCAUGUGGAGGACUCCCCCGAGGCAGGCGGGGAGCGGGAGGAGGACCAGGAGCGGGAGGAGGAGCAGGCCUUCCUGGUCAGCCUCUACAAGUUCAUGAAGGAGCGACACACGCCCAUCGAGAGGGUGCCCCAUCUCGGCUUCAAGCAGAUUAACCUGUGGAAAAUCUACAAAGCAGUGGAGAAGCUGGGGGCCUAUGAGAUGGUGACGGGCCGCCGCCUCUGGAAGAACGUGUACGACGAGCUGGGGGGCAGCCCGGGCAGCACGAGCGCGGCCACAUGCACACGCCGCCACUACGAGAGGCUGGUGCUCCCAUAUGUGCGGCAUCUGAAGGGGGAGGACGACAAGCCGCUGCCCCCUUCCAAGCCCAGGAAGCAGUACAAGAUGGCCAAGGAGCCCCGGGGCGAUGACGGGGCCCCUGAGAAGCUGAAGAAGGCCAAGGAGGAGAAACGGUUAGACCAGAUGGUGCCUAGAAAGACAAAAACCGAUGCCGCCCCUGACCUGGCACAGCUUCCCAGCCAGGAACCCCCCAGGGAGGGCCCAGAACAGCCAGGCCCGGCCCUGGGGCCCUCUUUACCGUUCACGGGCACCAGCGGCUGCCCUGAGGCCUACAAGCGGCUCCUGUCCAGCUUCUACUGCAAAGGAACACAUGGCAUCAUGUCACCACUGGCCAAAAAGAAACUCCUGGCCCAGGUGAGCAAGGCAGAGGCCUUGCAGUGCCAGGAGGAGGGCUGUCGCCAUGGGGCCAGCAGCCCUAACAGGGACCCCCAGGCCUCCGCAGCUGUUCUCCUCUCGGAAAGUCCACAGCACCCAGGAAAGCCAGCUGAGAACUCCAGGCACCGGCUGAGCCCUCAGGAGGGAUUACAGGCCCCUGGUGGCAGCCUUAGGGAGGAGGCUCCGGCAGGUCCCCACCUGCCAGCCCCCAUCUUCACUGGCUGUUUCCAUGCGUACCCCACUGAGGUGCUGAAGCCUGUCAGCCAGCACCCUCGGGACUUCUUCCCCAGUUUUAAAGAUGGGGUCCUUUUGGGGCCUCCUGGCAAAGAGGAGGGCCUGGCGGUCAAGGAGUCCCAGCUGGUAUGGGGCGGGGACGCCAACCGCCCAUCUGCAUUCCAGAAAGGCAGCUCUAGGAAGGGCAGCCCCUACCCCAAGCCCAAAGCCUGCUGGGUGUCCCCCAUGGCUAAGGUACCUGCUGAGAGCCCUGCUUCCCUCUCUGCCUUCCCUAGCAGCACAGGCCUGAGCAACAAGCGUAGCCUGGAAGAAGAGGGGUUUUCCCCUGGUGGCAAAAAACUGCGGGCCGUGUCUCCCUUUCUUAAGGAGAUGGAUGCCAAGGAGUGUGGGGCCAAAUCGGUGGGGUCUGGCUUGGCCGUAUCCUGCCUGCUGGGCCCCACGCUGGGGCCUGCCCUUCCCGAGGCCUAUAGGGGCAGCAUGCUGCGAUGCCCGCUGAACUUUGCCGGCACCCCGGACCACUUAAAGGGCCAGGCCACACUCCCCUUCAGCCCCUUGGUCAUCCCUGCCUUCCCGGCCCACUUCCUGGCCACGACAGCGCCCUCACCCAUGGCCACGGGUCUGAUGCACUUUCCCCCAGCGUCCUUCGACAGCGCCUUCCGCCACAGACUUUGCCCGGCCUCGUCCACAUGGCACGUGCCUCCUGCCACAACCUACGCGGCACCCCACUUCUUCCAUCUCAACACCAAGCUUUAGGUCGGAGGCCGCAGUGCUGCACUGUGCUGUGCAGGGUCUGAAGGGGCCUGAGCCAGGGAGGCACUGCCUGGGGUCUGGGCUGGAGCCUAGUCCCCGGGAGAGCUGGGCUGUGCCCAAGGCAGGAAUGCACCUUAGGGAGCCCGGCACCAAAGGGGAGGCCGUGGGAAACCCAGGUUUGUCUCAAGGAAGCAGCCCGAGCGUGGGGCCCCAGUUGUUGGACGGGACUUGGGAGAAGACAGUGCCCAGCUGGCCGCUCCCGGCGAGGUCCCCAGAGUGGAAGCCAGGAAGGUGCUGCAGGGCUGAGGAGGGGGGAGCAGCUUGAGGUAUCCAGGCUGCCAUGGAAAAGCCAAUAAAAGACCAGCGUGAAUCUACCCAG